GCAACAGAGCUCAUUAUAUCCACCCAAGAGAACACGAGAAGAUCUCGCCUGGCUACACAAAAUUAGCAGCUGCCACAAACUACUACAGGCUCACAAACAGAUUGCCACAGGCUUCAAUCAACAAGUACACUGGUUUCCUGCUCAAGAAAUGGCCACACCUGACGUCCAAACAGCUUCAGCACAACAGCAACCACCAGCUCACAAUGCAUCCAAAAAACAAGAUGGUGACUGGAGAACACAAAUCAAAGCUCCACCAAAAGACAGGAGAGUAAGAACUGAGGAUGUAACUCGAAGAAAAGGCAAUGAAUUCGAGGACUACUGCCUCAAGCGAGAGCUCCUAAUGGGCAUCUUUGAGAAAGGUUACGAAGAGCCCUCACCAAUUCAAGAGGAGUCUAUUCCCAUUGCUCUGGCAGGCAAAGACAUUCUGGCCAGAGCUAAGAAUGGCACGGGGAAGACAGGAGCAUACCUCAUUCCUGUCCUAGAGAAAGUGGACACUGACCAGGACCAUAUCCAAGCCAUAGUGGUGGUCCCUACAAGGGAGCUGGCUCUACAGACCUCUCAGAUAUGCAAGGAGUUGGGCAAGUACAUGAAAGCCCGAGUCAUGGUCACUACUGGAGGGACCAACUUAUCGGAUGACAUCAUGAGACUUGAGGAACCUGUGCAAGUGGUAGUAGCCACACCAGGUCGUAUCAUAGACCUAAUGGAGAAGGGCAUUGCAAAAGUGAACAAGUGUCAAAUCUUGGUCUUAGAUGAAGCUGACAAGCUGCUCUCGAUGGACUUUCAGCACGUACUAGACAAGUUGAUCUCCUUCCUGCCAUCGGACAGACAAGUCCUCCUAUUCUCUGCCACUUUUCCUGUCACCAUUCAGGGCUUCACAGAGCACCACAUGAACUCCCCCUACAUGAUCAAUCUAAUGGACGAGCUCACUCUGAAGGGGGUCACUCAGUACUAUGCCUUUGUGGAGGAGAGACAAAAGGUCCACUGCCUCAACACACUAUUCUCCAAGCUCCAGAUCAACCAAAGCAUCAUCUUCUGUAACUCGGUCAACAGAGUAGAGCUCCUGGCCAAAAAAAUCACUCAACUGGGCUACUCGUGUUUCUACAUUCACUCCAAAAUGGCCCAAGCUCACAGAAACAGAGUCUUCCACGACUUUAGGAAUGGAGAGUGCAGAAACCUUGUAUGCACAGAUCUCUUGACCCGUGGGAUUGACAUCCAAGCUGUGAACGUAGUCAUCAACUUUGACUUCCCAACGACGGCUGAGACCUACCUCCACAGAAUCGGUCGCUCUGGUCGUUUCGGCCACCUUGGCCUGGCUAUCAACCUUAUCACUUAUAACGAUCGCUUCACACUCAUGACAGUCGAGAAAGAACUACGCACAGAGAUCAAACCGGUACCAAAGGUCAUCGACAAACGACUCUACGUUGCCGAAUACCAGGUGGCGUCCGAAGAAGACAGAAAUGAUGUGUCCUCUUCAUCCUCUGUUCAAACUUAACUCACUGUCCCGUUCCACCACUCAGCUCAUUACUUGUCUCGUCUCUUUGCAAAUAAUUCUGUCGCACUUUAUAAUCUGGAGCACUUGCACUGAUCAGUUGUGUUUGGAAUCACUCCCUAUUGUGUCUUGUUCGGUGUGCUGGUUGUGGAAUAUUUUAUAGUGUUGUGUUGUCAAUUCGUGAUUAUGCUUAUUUCUAACAUUUUGUGUUGAUGUUCACUGUUCUUCUUGUGUCUGCUUCUUGCUGAUGUAUGUAUGCCAUGGACUGAGUGUAACUCAGAUCUGACCACCCACCCCCCCUCCCCUCUUAAUGCUUAUUAUCUCUCCUCCUUCCAUCUCUUGCCGUCUUUUUCUUGGUCACUCUUGUUUUGUAGCUCUAGCUGUUGUCAUUUUCAUUUCUCUGUUCUUUACUGUUUUGCAACAUUUGUUUCGACUGGACUGGUUGUAACAUCUUGUGAUCUGGAACAAACUGUUGCUGUUUUACCAUCUUUGAGAAGACUUUGAGUCUCUCCUCUACCACGCAUCUUGUGGCUAUACCACUGGAAUUACCGUGUGAUUAUUCAAUCAACGAGAUUUAAUAAACUUUUAUUCACUUGGCUUCAUCUCACUAAGGAUGUUUGGUUUGUGCUGGGAUAGCCAUCGUGUACCAUCUACGUAUUACCCAAAACGAUUUACAACAAGGAACGAUGCUUGUUUAAGGAUUUAAAGAAAUGUGAUUGGAAGUUGUGGCAAUGUGAUUAUGGAUGUAUUAUAAAAAAAAAGGGAACUUGGACUAAUUAGAGUAGCUAGUUGUUGAAAAGAACUUGGACAUUUGAUUAAGAGUAGCUAUAGUUGUUGAAACAAUGUUUCGCAGUUUGUUUAACUUGUAUUUAUUUUUGACAUUGUAUGAAUGUGAAAACAAGAAAUUCUUUGAUAGAAUCAAUAAUUACCAAAA